AUGGCUUUCCCAUUUAUGCGAAGCUUCAUCAUCCUCUUUCUCUACCGCUACGUCCGCCUAGUGGUGAACCUAGUUGCCUUUUACACCUUCAAGCCCAUUCCUAUCCCCGAAAAUCCUAGAUUGACUUCGCAAGAUGUCACGGUCAUCAUACCGUCCCUGGAGGGGUGUGGAGACGAUCUGGUCGAAACGAUUCGGACAAUCCUCGAGAAUCAGCCGUUCGAGCUCCUUCUUGUGACCAUCGAGGCGAACCGCAAGAAAGCCGAGAAGAUGUUGGAAGCUAUGCCCGCUUUCCAAUCCAGAGUUCGUCUCUUCACGGUCACGCAUCCCAAUAAACGGCGUCAGAUGACUCGAGCAAUCCCCGAGGUCCGGACCGAGAUUACUGUCUUUGCUGACGAUGAUGUGAGUUGGCCACCGACUGCACUCCCUUGGAUUCUGGCACCCUUCGACACCGACGAGCGAUUUGGCGGAGUCGUCACUUGCCAGCGGUUGCGUCGGGCUGUCAACCCUACAUUUUCUCAGCGCAUCUGGGGCUUCCUGGGUGCCUUGUAUUUGGAGCGGAGGAACUUUGACUGCGCUGCCACCACCCACAUGGAUGGCGGGGUUCCAUGCCUUUCCGGACGGACUGUCGCAUAUCGGACCAAGAUCCUACAAGAUGAGGGCUUCACGCACGCCUUCACGAACGAGGGUUGGUGGUUCGGAAAAUAUCAGUUGAAUGCGGACGACGACAACUUCAUCACGCGGUGGAUGGUCUCCCACGGCUGGGAAACCUACAUCCAGUAUCAUCCGGAAGUCGAGGUCAAGACCACGCUGGAGGACAACCCCAAGUUUCUGAAGCAAUGCGCCCGGUGGUCACGGAGCAACUGGAGGAGCAACUUGACCAGCAUGUUCAGUGAGAGGUAUAUCUGGUACCGCCAGCCAUGGAGCACCUAUGCCGUCCAUCUGACUACGCUGUCGCCUCCAGCCCUCCUGGGUGACAUGGCGCUCAUCUACCUGUGCCACAAGGCCACGGAAUCUUGGGAUCGAGACUCGCACGCGCUGGCGAUGCGAGCGCUGUUGACCUGGAUGUUUAUCAGCAAGUUCAUUAAAUUGCUUGGCCACUACAUCCGUUAUCCCGUCGACAUUCUCUUGCUGCCCGUCUCCAUUCUCUUCGGCUAUUUCCAUGGCGUGAUCAAGAUGUAUGCGGUUCUCACUCUCAAUGUGACCACUUGGGGCAGCCGAGAAGGCGCCGAUGCCAAUGACUCCGAACGCAUGAGGAAGCGAACCGACAUUGAACGGCAGAAACAGAAGCUCGACAUAUUGGCUUAG